GUACAAUACUAGACGUAGUCAAGGUGUGUAACAGGGACGCUGGCGUGGACUACAGCUCAACUACCGAUUUUGGUGAGGAUAACGUUUUAAACAAUUUCAAAGAUAUAAUGAUAUUAUAAUUUUGUACACGGACUUUCAACUAUUUAAAGAAUGAAAAUGUUGAUUGAAACAUUGUACAUGAUAACAAUGUGUCUACUCUCGUCAACGUUACCUGCUAACUCGUUAGGGGAUAAAGAGUGCACACCUAGGACAUUUGAAAAUGGUCCACAUCAGUUUGGAAUUUGUGGAAACAGAAUUGACGAGUUGCUAGGGCUUCUGUGCGCCAAUGGCCACAAUGAGUUAUACCCUUUCAUUAAAAGAAAACGUGACGCAUCAAAUGAACUAGACAAGAAGUAUCCGGAUAUUUUGAUGAAUCGUGAGGAUGCCAAUACUUACCUACAGAAACGAGUAUCAUAUGUGUCGACAGGAAUUGUAUGUGAAUGUUGUUACAACCAAUGUAAUAUCAUGGAACUAUUGUCUUACUGUAGGCCAAUGGAUGACUCUCAGUUACCACGCUUGUUAAAACGUACACACGAAAAACUUGACACCUAUAAAAAUAAACCCUAACAUUCAUUGUAAUAUCCUGUCAACAAUUGUCUCUAUUAUUUUUCACUUUCAUAUUACAACAGCAAAAUGUACUUUAACUUACUGUCGGUGAUAUAUUAAAAUAACAACAGCACGGUGUAAAGAGACAGGCACCAAGAAACUAAUUUUAUUGCAAUUAAGUAGGAUUAUAAUGUACGGUGAUUUUUUUUACUCCAUCUGUCAUUUUUCUGUUAAUUAGAAUAACCGUGAAUGUUAAUUUGUUUAGAUGUAUAGAUGUAAGAUAAUGAUAAAUUAAAUAUUUCUAGAACAAAAUGAAGGUUUUUUUUAUCAGAGCAUAUUUUAUCAGCCUCCUUGAAAGCUCAAGUAAAUACAAUAAUUAUAAUAAUGUGUUUUUUUUUGGUUCCCCCACAAAAAUUAAAUAAUACGGAAUUGUAAAUAGUGUAUACAUUUUAUACUAGUCAACGGGCAUUCGACGAAUUUCUUCUCUGCUUCUUAAUUAAUAACAUUGAUUAUUACAAUUGUACCAAUAGUUUUAAAGAUUUGUGGAAAUGAAACUUCUUUUUCCCAAAAUCUGUGACCAUUAAUCUUACAAGACAAAGCAUUUUAUAGAAUUUUAUAAAAAUGUUGGAAUAUUUCUCUACAAAAUAAGGUGUAGAUAUCAUUUAUGUUUUUUCUUUGCACGACACAACAAAGUGAAUUAAUGGUUGAACAAAUCUCUCGCACGAAUUAGUGCCUGAACAAAUCUCUUGUACGACAAACCAUGGUUAACUAAACUAAUGGUUAAACAAAUCUCUUGCACGACAUUGCAUGGUGCAUUAAUGGUUGAACAAAUCUCUCGCACGACAUAACAUGGUGAAUUAAUGGUUUAACAAAUCUCUUUUACGACACAACAUGGUGAAUUAAUGGUUGAACAAAUCUCUUGCAUGACACACCAUGGUGAAUUAAUGGUUUAACAAAUUCUCUUGCACGACAUUAUAUGGUGAAUUAAUGGUUGAACAAAUCUCUUGCACGACAUUAUAUGGUGAAUUAAUGGUUUAACAAAUCUCUUGCACGACAUUAUAUGGUGAAUUUAAUGGUUUAAAAAAUCUCUUUUACGACAGUAUGUGAUGAAUUUAUUGUUGAACAAAGAUCUUGCACGACAUUAUAUGGUGAAUUAAUGGUUGAACAAAUCUCUUGCACGACAUUACAUGGUGAAUUAAUGGUUUAACAGAUCUCAUUUAAAUGACG